AUUAAAAAAGCAGAAAUGAGCAAAAACAAACUGAAAUUCAAAAUUUGAUGAUGAAAUACAGCUUUACUCUCUGUUCUCUGCAUGGGGGAAAUAUGGGUUACGCAAAUAUUGCAGCAUCCACUAACAUUCAACAAUUUUAAUGCAACGUAUCCUGUUUCCUCCCUUUCUCCUUUUUUACACCAGGUUUGUCAGGCAGAAUUGCAGAAGCCACAAAUUACUUCUUCAGAGGAACCCAUAAUGAACACCACAAGCUUCCAGCAGACCUCCUCCCCGAGCUCCCUCUCCUUGCCCAUCAGCGUCUCGGCCCGUGUCGGCAUCGCCAUCCUGACCUUGGCGUUUGUUCUGGGUUUUCCUGGGAACGUGUUUGUCGUCUGGUCGGUGCUCUGCCGGGUGAAGAAGCGCUCGGUCACGUGUUUGCUGGUGUUGAAUCUGGCUGUGGCGGAUGCUCUCGUGUUGCUCAGUGCCCCUCUGUUCCUGCGGUUUCUSGCAGGAGGGCGGGGAUGGGAGUUUGGCUCGGCGGCAUGCAAGCUGGUCCAUUAUCUGUCGAGUGUGAACAUGUACGUGUCCAUCUACCUCAUCUGUCUGAUGAGCAUGGACCGCUGGCUGGCGGUCACAAGGCCCUUUAUGUCUCAGAGACUGAGAACCAAGCGCUCCCUGCUGGUUCUCCUGCUGGGGGUCUGGGUGAUGGCGUUCAUCCUGUCGUUGCCGAUGCCAUUCUACCGCAGCAAUAUGAAGGUAWUGAAAAACAACUUCACUCUGCACUUUUGCAUCCCAUACCACUGGCAAAGUGUGGGUCACCGGGCCUUCCAGUACCUGUUUGAGACCAUCAUGGGCUGCCUGGUGCCGUUCUCGCUCAUCAGCUCAUGUUACUCCUCCGUCAUAUGCAGACUGCAAAGUGCCAAGUUCCAGCGCAGAGGAAAAGGCAGCCGCCUCAUCCUAAUGAUCAUCUGUGCCUUUGCCAUUUUCUGGUUGCCGUAUCACAUCGUCAACUUAAUUGAGGUGAUUGGGCUCUUGAGCAGCAGCCAAUCGGUGAUCCAGGCUGSUCAAACAGCUCGACCCAACGUCACCGCCUUCGCCUACUUCAGCAGCGCCGUUAACCCUCUCUUGUACGUGUUCGCCGGUAGCUCCCACAUCCGCCAGGCCGGACUGAGCUUCAUGGGCAAACUGUUCGAGGCCACCAACUCUGAAAGCAGAAGCACGUCSACCUUCACCCGCAGUGGCUCCUCACCGGAUGAGAGCUCAGUUCUGCAGACGCUGUCCGUUAAACUCGGGAAGCCUUUCAAAGGCAAGACCAAAGAGAGGCGGAGCAGCAGCUUGGCGGGCAAAGAGGCCCACGAGCCAGAGCUCAGAACGCUUGCAACUAUUGAACAGGUAGAAUAGAAAUCAAGAUAUUUUUACAUGGACUUUAAAAAAAUAAAACAGUGUUGUAAAACUACUCCUAAAAGUAUUUUUUUCCUAAAAGAUACUCAAGUAAAUUUAACUAAGUAAAUGUAACAAGUUACUACCCACUUCUGAAAAUAUCUUUAUUUUGGCAAAUUUCAGUGGGUUAUGUCAAAACAACACYGGAUUAUGGCCUUUUAUGUGUGAUGAAUAUAUUAAUGUAUCUAAAAGUUCUAUGCCUGKAAUAAUAUACUUUGCUUUAUUUUAUACUAGAAGAAUAAUAUAAAUAUAUGUGAAAAUACUUAGAAUAUUUAAAGAAAAUAAAUGUGAUUUAGUUUGACGGUGAAGUCCAAAAUCCUUUUUACAUUCAUGCAGCCUAAAGGGCAAAGGCUGACAAUAGUGUAAUUGCCUUGAGCCGUGUUUCCAUAAUUAUUUUUAUGCGCAUUUUGGAGUAUUGUAUUAGAAAAAAUUGGUAGAAAUGGCUAAAUUUAAAAAAAAAACACUCUAAAUUUCACAAUAAAAGGUGUUUAAGCUCA